AUGCACAUUCCUUUCGGCGCGGGCGCACCGCCUCCCGGGGGCCAAGCAGGGGGCCUUCCACCCUCUGCGAUGCCGCCCCCAGGAGGCCCCGGCGGGGGCGCGUUCCCUCGCCAAGAUUUUCUCCCGAUGAUGCCCGGGGCUGGAGUGCCGUCUGGAGGCCCUGGCGCGAUGCCGGGGCCUCCCGGCGCGAUGCCUGGUCCCCGAAUCCUCCCUGGGGCGGGUGGCCCGCCGGGGGCGGGGCCCAGUUUUCCUCCGCUGAUCCCGCCCGCGAUGGGCCUGAUGAUGCCAGACGUGGGUCUGGGGCCGAUGGGUCUUCCUGGCUUAGUGCGGAAGCCCAAGAACAUGCAACCCCCGACCCAGGAUAUGACGAUUCCGCCGAACCAAACGAUCUACAUCAACAACAUCAACGACAAAGUUAAGCUCCCAGAGCUCAAAGAAAACCUUCGGAGCAUGUUCAAGCAGUUCGGAGAGAUCAGGGAGAUCGUGGCAAUGAGUUCUUUCUGGCGCCGAGGACAGGCCUGGAUUGUCUUUGCAAGUGUGGAGUCAGCGACGAAGGCCAUCCAAGGCAUGCAGGGCUUUGUCUAUCACGGGCAACCCUUGCGUAUCAAUUACAGCGUCACAAAGAGCGACAUCAUUGCGAAGGAGGACGGCACGUUCACACCGCGGCCUCCAGGACCCAAGAAACCCCGGGCAGUCCGCGAGAGAGAAGAAAGACAACGAGAACUCUUCCUUCAAAUGCAGCAGCAGUACAUGCAAAUGCAGGCGGGCGCCAAUGCGGCAGCUGCGGCGGGUGGCACGCCGAGCGCGGCUGGGGACCAGGCGACGGGACAGGCGACUCUCGAGACGCUCAAUGCCUUGAAGAGGAAGGCGGAGUCUGCUCUCCCCAACUCACAAGCCGCGAAGCACGGCGUCCCCUUCCCCCCUGCCGCACCAGUCGCCCCGCCAACAGUUGACAUGAGCUUCCCAGCAAUGCCCAACAAGGUUCUGUUUCUUGAGAAUUUGCCUGAAGACGCGACGAUGGAAGGCCUCAUCAGCCUCUUCUCGAAGCACGCGGGCAUGGUGGAGGUUCGUCCCGUCCUCUGGCGCCGCGUGGCGUUCGUCGAGUACGAGAACGAAAUGCUUGCUGCAAAUGCAAUGAAUGCUCUCCAAGGGCACCAGAUGAACGGGUCGCCGAUCAAGAUUACGUACGCUAGGAGGUGA